GAGCGGGGGGAUGUGGCCUACCCCGCGUUCCGUAGAGGCCGGGUGACGUCACGCGCGGGUGGGCUUCCUGGACGAGAAGGUUGGCGGCGGCCGGCCAGGGCUAUGGACGGCGUUGUCGCCGCGGCUUCCGCCGCGCCGGCGGGUGAAGAGGAAUGGAGAUGCCUGGGAUGUGGGGACAGGAUUGCCACUGGGCAGCGCCUCUACAGGACAGUUAAUGAAGCUUGGCACACAUCCUGCUUCCGCUGUGUAUACAAUUCAUGGGAGAAGAUGAUUUUUCACUGUUUGGUUUUCAGAACUCGCUUCAGAAGCAGAAUGAGCUGCUCGGAAUGCCAGGACCUCCUCACAAACUGGUACUAUGAAAAGGACGGAAAGCUCUACUGCCAUAAGGACUACUGGAGGAAAUUUGGAGAAUCCUGUCAUGGCUGUUCUUUGCUGAUGACGGGGCCUGUCAUGGUGGCUGGAGAAUACAAGUACCACCCAGAAUGCUUUGCGUGUAUGAGCUGCAAAGUGAUAAUUGAAGAUGGUGAUACGUAUGCCUUGGUGCAACACUCUGCUCUCUACUGUGGAAAAUGUCAUAAUCAGAUUGUCCUGACACCGAUGGUGGAAAGGCUGUCCACAGAGUCCCUGUGUGAACAGCUGCCCUACACACUGACUCUCCUCUCCAUGCCUGCAGCCACAGACGGCAGAAGAGGGUUCACAGUGACGGUCGAGAGCGGCCAUUCCGCUUAUGCUACUAGUGUCCAAGUGAAAGAAGUCAAUCGAAUGCACAUUAGUCCUGAUGUUCAAAACGCCAUUCACCCUGGAGACAAGAUCCUGGAGAUCAACGGAACCCCAGUUCGCACACUACCAAUGGAAGAGGUGGAGGAUCUGAUUCGCAGAACAAGCCAAACUCUCCAGCUGCUGAUUGAGCAUGACCCUGUUUCCCAGCGCCUGGACAGACUGCGCCUGGACUCCCGCCUGCCUGGGCGCAUGAAAAAGCCCUCCUCCCCUUGCCCUAUUUCUGCCCUGGACCUUAAGGAGAAUCUGGAAGGAACACUGCGGCGGCGCUCCCUCAGGCGGAGCAACAGUACUUCCAAGUCCCCUGGCCCCAGCUCUCCAAAGGAACCGCUCAUCCUUGGCCGAGACAUUGGUCGUUCUGAAUCACUCCGCUGCUCUACCAGUUAUUCCCAGCAAAUCUUCCGUCCCUGUGAUCUCAUCCAUGGGGAAGUGUUGGGGAAGGGAUUCUUUGGCCAGGCUAUCAAGGUAACACACAAAGCAACAGGGAAGGUGAUGGUGAUGAAGGAGUUGAUUCGUUGUGAUGAAGAAACACAGAAGACCUUCUUGACAGAGGUGAAGGUGAUGCGCAGCUUAGAUCAUCCCAAUGUCCUGAAAUUCAUUGGCGUGUUGUACAAGGACAAGAGGCUGAACCUGCUCACAGAGUACAUUGAAGGGGGGACCCUGAAGGACUUCCUCCGGAACGUGGACCCGUUUCCCUGGGAGCAGAAAGUCAGCUUUGCCAAAGGAAUUGCAUCAGGAAUGGCUUAUCUGCACUCAAUGUGCAUCAUUCACCGAGAUCUGAAUUCCCACAACUGCCUGAUCAAACUGGACAAGACGGUGGUGGUCGCUGACUUUGGCUUGUCCCGGUUAAUUGUAGAGGAGAGGAAGAAGCCCACCCUGGAAAAGCCCUCAGUCAAGAAGCGCUCCUUGCGCAAGAGCGACCGGAAAAAGCGCUACACUGUGGUGGGGAACCCCUACUGGAUGGCACCAGAGAUGCUCAACGGACAGAGCUACGACGAGACCGUGGACAUCUUCUCCUUUGGGAUCGUGCUUUGCGAGAUCAUAGGACAAGUGUAUGCAGAUCCGGACUGCUUACCCCGCACCCUGGAUUUUGGCCUCAACGUGAAGCUCUUCUGGGAGAAGUUUGUGCCUGCCGACUGCCCCCCUGCAUUCUUCCCUCUGGCUGCCAUCUGCUGCGGGCUGGAGCCAGAAAGCAGGCCCCCGUUUUCAAAACUGGAGGAUUCUUUUGAAGCUCUUUCCCUUUACCUGGGAGAGCUGGGAAUCCCUCUUCCCUCAGAACUGGAGGAACUGGACCACAACGUCAGCAUGCAACACGGGCUAAUCCGGGACAAGCCCCCUGGAAGCCUCACUUAGGCCUCCUGGCCAGCAGCAACUUUUCGUGGAUUGCCACAGGGCAGCUGGGAAACAGGAGCCCAUCUUUUGCCCUUCCCAGGGCGCCAAGAAGGCACUGCCAUGCUUUGCCACCUUGCCUUCAACCGCCGCCACUUCUUAUCCCACGGAUUUGUGGCCGGCUCCAGAAGAGAGCCUUUUCCUGUUGGCAUCUUGAAUACCGACAUUCUUGCUUUGGAAACACAAUUCCCGAGGCCCUGUUUGCAGGGGACACCUUACUGUGGUGGUGCCUUAGAACUUGACAGACCGCAAGCUGUGAGGAACACAGACUGCUUUGCAUGGCACAAAGUGUUUGGGCUUGGAAGCAGCAUCCUAAUCAGGCUGCACACACAUGAAACCAGAACCCGUGGAGGAAAGUGUUGGGAAGGAGUUGGCCAGCGAAGCCCGUUGGACUGGGAAGCACUCCUCCCAGGACAGCUCAGCACAUCCCCUUGGUGACAAAGGCUCCCACAUCUGUUCACCUGACAGGCACGUCCAAGGAAAGGUUCAGACACUGCGCGAUGGAUGAGAGCCGGCAUUCCAUCAGCCUGCCCUGUUGGGAAAGAAGCUGUGAGGGUGAAAGGGAUUGCUCAGGAGCCACUCACGGUGCUGUGCGCAUGAGGCUGGGGAGGAGGGUGCCUGAAUCCCACUGGGCAUACCAGCAGCCUCUCCCUGUGAGGGUUUCACUGCACCGUGAGCAGAGAGGCCCUUAAAACUUGACAUGACAUUCAGCUGGCUGGGAACGGCGCAGCUCCCUUCUUUGGGGCCACUAGGCUAAGGGCCCCCCAUAUCGCUACCUCUGCCCUUCACUGGAGGCCUUUGGACAAGAAAGCCAUCCAUCUCCACCCAGCUCUCCCUUGCUAGCUGCCCCUCUCCCCCCUCCUCUUCCAGACUCAGUGUGAGGGAAACCCAAGAGGACAGAUUUGAGUUCCAACCUGCUUCGGGUCUCCUUUCCUCCCGGGUUCUUGCUACCCUUUCCCACUCUGUCCUCCCAUCUCGCUGCAGCCCCCUAGGGCCAGACGUCCCUGUGCAGGGGAGCAGAACCAGAGCAGCACGCCAUUUAGCAUUCAAGUGUGCAUUUACCUGGGGGCGGGGGGGGGGGGACUCAACCUGUACAAAUGGUAGGCCAGGCAUGUGUGGGGGAGGGGUGGCUCUUGGCCCAGUGCAUUUAAUACAUCUUUUGCUCCAUUUGCAUAAAAAUUGGGAGACUGGGAGAAAUUUACAUUGAUCAAGGGACUCUUCAUUGCACAGCAAAAUGUCUGACUAAAUUAAAAGCAAUAAACUUUAUCCUAUGAAAGUAA